AUGACAACGAUGUUCGUUCAACUACGCCGUAUGGUGUACCUGUUGGUACUUCUGCAGUGCUGUGUGGGUGUGUGCACGGGAAAGGAAGCCGGUCGCCAGCCAACCGGUGAGUGCCUUAAUAAAAGAGAUAUCGAGAUGGGGGAGAAGAUGUUGAGAGCUAUCAUCGAUCCCUCGGCAAAAGCGUUUGGCGGUGCGCAGGAUUGUUUGGCGAUAUGGAGGGCGGACGUGGAGGCGUGUAAUGAGAAUUUCAAGGAGGUGGAGUAUGCCGUGAAUACCACCAGAGAGGUUUUUGUGAUGGUGGGUCUUGAAAAGGAGAACGGAGUUGAGGCGGUGACGAGUUCUCUGGAGCGAUGCAACGAUCAGAAGGUCAAAAGUUAUGCGGCCAACUUGACGGAGAUGGUGAAGGUAGUUAAUGGAGCCAUAAAGAAGAUGCCAGAAUUAUAUAAAAAAACGUCUGAGAAGGCUGCGGUGUGCGUUGCAUUUAAAAGUGAAAUGGAUCACGUGGUGAAGAGGUUGACUGAUGCCCGCGCUGGGUAUUUUGCCAUUAUCAACGACAAAGACAGUAACGAUUGCAUGACGGAGGAUAGGUUGAGGUACAUUGGAGAUCUGAACAAGACGUACGAUGGUAUGAAGGCUGUCUCGGAUGAUCUCAAGAAAGUGCAGGGAAACACGCAUGUUUGCAAGCUUAACUCUUUGGGGGAGUCCCCUAAUUAUAUGAAGAGGAUCGUGGAGUUAAAGGGUCGCUGUGAAGAUGUUUUUUCGAAGGAAGAAAAAGUGGAGGCCAAGCCUAAGAUGAGAUCGGAUGCAAUGGAGAGGGUAUAUAUGAAUGGGACCGCAGCGGAUGCAGGAGAAGAAGCGAAAAGGGGAGAUGAGGAUCCAGACGAAGUAAAGGCUCCCGGUGCGUUUCAACGAGUCAAGAAAGAGGUCAUCAACAGGGUAUUGGGGGAGAUGGAGGUGGCGAAGCAGAAACGGAUUGCUGAGAAGAGAAGGGCUGACGAAGAAAAUGCCAAGAGGAUCGCACAAGAAAAGGAGAAGAGGGAUGCAGAGGAGAAAGCAAAGAGAGAAAAGGAGAAACAGGAGAGAAUGGAGGCGGAAAAAGCGAAGAAGGUCAGGGAAGAGCAGGAGAGAAUGGAGGCGGAAAAAGCGAGGAAGGCCAGGGAAGACCGGGAGAGAUUGGCCAUAGAAAAGACGAUACAGAAGACCGAGAAAAAGACCAACCAAAAGAAGGACGGCUGUAAUCCUGUAUUGGUGCACAGUCCCUUAUUGCUGCUUCUUGUUUUGAUGAGUGUGCUGAUCAUUGUUCCCAUGACACAGUUACACAGUUAA